UGAGUGGGUGUCUCUUUGAGAAGCAGAAAGAGAGAAGGAAAGAGAGAACGAAAGAGAGGUGUUUCCCUUGGCGAUGGAAACUCUAUAAAGAGAGAGCCGGCUUGUCUUCUCUCGAGCAGCCAGAAAAACAGCUGUGCCAGCCUUGGCCCUGACACCUUCGCUGGGGGCUAGCCCGAGGAACCGGCUGCCAUGCAGCAGCCCUUCAGUUACCCGUACCCCCAAAUCUACUGGGUGGACAGCAGUGCUAGCUCUCCCUGGGCCUCUCCGGGCUCGGUCCUCCCGUGUCCGUCCUCUGUGCCGGGAAGGCCUGGGCCGAGGAGGCCGCCGCCGCCGCCGCCGCCAACACUACCACCGCCGGCGCCCUUAGCUCAGCUGCCGCUGCGGCCGCUGAAGACACGGAGGGACCACAACACAGGCCUGUGUCUCCUUGUGAUGUUUUUCAUGGUUCUGGCGGCCCUGGUGGGGCUGGGGCUGGGGAUGUUUCAGCUCUUCCACCUACAAAAGGAGCUGGCUGAACUCAGAGAGUCCACCAGCCAAAGUCCUAGAGCAUCAUCUUUGGAGAAGCAAAUAGGUCAACCCAAUCCACCCUCUGAAAAAAGGGAGCUGAGAAAAGUGGCCCAUUUAACAGGCAAGCCCAACUCAAGAUCCAUCCCUCUGGAAUGGGAAGACACAUACGGAAUUGCCCUUGUCUCUGGGGUGAAGUAUAAGAAGGGUGGCCUUGUGAUCAAUGAUACUGGGUUGUACUUUGUGUAUUCCAAGGUGUACUUCAGGGGUCAGUCCUGCAACAACCAGCCCCUGAGCCACAAGGUCUAUAUGAGGAACUCUAAGUAUCCCCAGGAUCUGGUGCUGAUGGAGGGGAAGAUCAUGAACUACUGCACUACUGGCCAGAUGUGGGCCCGUAGCAGCUACCUGGGGGCGGUAUUCAAUCUCACCAGCGCUGACCGUUUAUAUGUCAAUGUAUCUGAACUGUCUUUGGUCAGUUUUGAGGAAUCUCAGACAUUUUUUGGCUUAUAUAAGCUCUAAGAAAAGCACUUUGGGAAUUCUCUCCAUAUGGUUCCCUGUUACAGGCACUGAAAAUAUGGUCUUGAAUGAGAGUCUUCUUAAGCCCACUUGAGGUCAAGUGAGAAGACAUGAGCCAAGAGUAUCUAGAGACCACAGGGUCCAGCAGGUCUAUACUUCCUCACCUCAUGGCCCAGCCAGGAGGGGGAGUAUGACUGAAGAACUUGAGACUCUGGGCUGCCGUGUGAAAGAUGCAGAGGCAGGAAGAAGCAGCUACCAGAGUGUUCUACACUCAUUUUAAGAGUCCAAAAGCAUUUUGGCACAUUGAAAAGGACACCUGUUAACUCACCUCUUAGGGUGGGUCUACUAUCUACUAUCUACCUCAGGGGAGGCUGUCUUUCAGAUCCAUGGAUGUGACGUGUGUGUAUAAGGGUUGGAAAAAGAGGACUAGUCUUGCAUGAUAAGCUUAAAGAGACCAAAGGCCAGUGUCGCACUGGAAGCAUCUUUACUUCUAAAGGCAGAGCUUGAGCCACCAGGUGAUGCUAAGACAGAAGUAAGGGGGAUCUUUUGGGAAGUUGUUCCAUUCCCCACACAGCGUGUACAUUUCCAGUGCAAUUUUCAGGGUAUGUGUGUGUGUGUGUGUGUGUGUGUGUGUGUGCAUGUGACUAAAAGAGUUAUGUAAGAAGAGACAAUGUGGAGAUUGUGAAGGAUAUGUUAGGAAAAUAUGGGUUGCAUUUAGUGGUAGAUUUUGAAUACUUCUUGGCAACUGACUCAGUUGUCCUCAAAAUAGUCCUCAAGACUCUUUAAUUGUCAGCUGUUGAUGCUGUUUUCCUAUAAUAUAAUCAGUAUUUAUAUACAUUUUGUGUAUUUUAAUAAAAAGAAUAUGUGUAAUAAAAAUUAUAUUUUAGAAUACAGGUCAACAUUAUGAAUGUACUUUUUGGAAAUCACUAAAAUUUGGGUUUUUUUUUUCCCUUAUUAUUUCUUUCCUCCAUGGCUUCUUCACUCCUUUUGCCUUAAGGCCACGUUAAGAAUUCACUGGAGUGAGAACUGUGAUGCAUAUCUAUUGUUGCCAGACACAUCUCUGCCCCAGUCUCUUUCCAUUAUCCAGAGUUUUUAUUACCUAUGUAUAUUUUUUUAAGAUUUUAUUUAUUUAUUUGAGAGAGAGAGAACAAGAGACAGAGAGCACGAGAGGGAAGAGGGUCAGAGGGAGAAGCAGACUCCCCGCCGAGCAGGGAGCCCGAUACGGGGCUCGAUCCCGGGACUCCAGGAUCAUGACCUGAGCCGAAGGCAGUCGCUCAACCAACUGAGCCACCCAGGAGCCCCUUUUAUUACCUAUAUUAUUGCCAAUGCUAAGCUCACCCAACUUUCAACAGGUUUGAUGACAACUUCCCCCAGGCUCCUCCAGGAGCAGAGCCAUAGCAUAGUGGAAAGGGCACUGACUUUGGACUGAAAAACCUGAACUUGAAUCUUUGCUCCUCUACUUUCUAAAUGCAAUCACUGGGUGAGUCACUUGACUUCUCCUGGACAAAAAUGACUGAUAUGUAUAUCAAGUAUCUGAUACAUGGCGUCUAUCAUUUUAAUAAGCCACUCUAUGAGAGUCACUUCUUGCUCCAGAAGAAACCACUGACCUGAGGCAUCCAUCCAAACACCUGGUUUCUUAGAUACUCCUGUUCUUCCCUCACAAUGACCUUUUCCUUUUUCUUCGACUGCUCACUACCAUAGCCUCCCCCGAGACUUUGUCUUUGUUAAAAACUAUGGUAUUUCCUUUACAAUUUGAUUUCAGACAUCUUAUUUUCACACCAUCUCCUAUUAUUCCAGCUCAAUUGCUCCAACAUUUUGUCUCCUAAAAUGUGUCUGUUUUUACCACAUUGAGACCUCUGAUAAACUCUAUCAUUUCCUUACAUAUCCAUCAGCUCCGUCUUAUUUUCACUCCUCUCUCUGACAAGCUUAGAUUCUACCCUCUGUCAUUACAAUCAGUAUCUUGGAAAAUUUCUCAAUUCCAGAAUAUUCUGUGUCCUUCACUGUAUUCUCCUUGCAAAACUCCCGUUUCUUUUAAGCUGGCGUCCUACAAGCUGGAUGUUGCUUAGAGAAAAAUUAGCCAAACAGACAGACUGGUUUCAGUUUAUUUUUAUCUAUCAUCUACCUAAAUCAAUUACUCUUUAUCACUGAUUUAUUUCUAUCUUUUGAUUGAUUUGAAUAAGUAAUACAUGUACAUAGUACAAAUUUUAAAAGGCACACAAAGAUAUAGGAUGGCAGUAAGUCCUCUUUUCACUUUUCCCAUGGCCCCAUUUCUGCCCACAGAGACUAUCACUGUCUCCUUAUGUAGGGUUCCAGAGAUGGUCUAUAUGUAUGACAUCAAUUUACAUCUGGGUUUCCCAACCUUGGUUCUAUUGACAUUCUGAGCUGGAUAAUUCUUUGUUGUGGGGGCUGUCCUGUGCACUGCAGUAUGUUUAGCAGUAUCUCUGCCUUCUAUCCACUAGAUGCUGGUAGCAUUGUCCUCUCCUCCAUAUGUGAUAACCAAGAAUAUCUCUAGGCAUUGCCAAAUGUGCCCAGGCUGGGGAUAGGAAGAAAAAAAUCAGCCCUGCUUGAGAAACACUGCUUUAUAUUAGUGAUCACAGAUCUCAAAUGGACAUUCAACGCUGCCUACCACUUCUUCUUCAGUUCCCUGCCAACCAUGUUUUUCCAUUGUUUGAGACAGUUACAUCAUAUCUUUUCCUCUUGCAAACCCCUCCUCCCAUUAUGGAACCUCACUUAUACCACCAGAACACACUACCCACAUCUGCACGAUCUCUUUCUUUUAUCCUUAUAGUGGAAGAAGAGGACCAUCUCUUCAUUUGUGCACUAGAUCCAUUUCUAUUCCCCUACUUUGCCUCUUUAAAAUUGUUCUUCUCUCUUCUGGAUUGUCAAAUCAUCUCUGUCUAUGAAGUGAUUUCUAUCAGCAUGAACAUAUGUUCAAAUAUCCUUUUUCAAUAAAAGACAGCCCAGCCCAAACCAAAAAAAUCCCAAACCUUUCUUUACCUUUCCUCUUCUCCAGUGAUGGUUGCAUUUCUCAUUUUCCUGGUAGAGACAAACAUCUGAGAAGGUUGUCUCCACACACAUGGGCUCUUUCCUUAGCCAGGAAUAGUCUUCUUCAGGCUCCUCAUGUGCCUGGCUUCUUCUUAUCUUUCAGGCCUUAGUUUAAAUGUCACCUCCUCAUUCUUAGAGCUCCUCUCUUUCUCAUUAUUUUAUUUCUUUUUAGUUCCUUAUUAGUAACUAGCAUAACUUGUGGUUAUAUUAUUUAUUUGACCACUUAAAAAUGUUUUUCCACUAAAAUAAAGUUCCCCAAACAAGACCUUUUCUGCUUUGUUUACCACUGUAUCCUCAACACCAAAUCCAGUGCUUGGCAUAUAUUAGGAACUCAAUAAAUAUCUGUUGACUGGAUAACCUUAAUUAUAAAACAAAUGUUUCUUAAUUUGGGUUAUGUGUGUAUGUUUCUCAGAGUAGUGAAUAUAUUCACUACUAGUCGUAGUGUUGCCUCAUGAAUAUAUGUGUGUGUUUCUCCAGCUUUGAGUAGAUUAUCUAAUGGGAAUUGGAGGCUACAGAUGGAAAAAAUAGUGCAUCCUCAUUCUUAGCACUGGAAAGCAAGAAAAAUCUAUUUGGUGUCUGGCAUUACCAGGAAUUAUUCAGGAUACUGUUGAGGGAAACUGCUGGGUAACUAAAGCUGAACU